AUGGCUGAAUAUGUUCUAAAGAACAAACCAGGAGGAGAGAGGAUCAUCAAUGAUUAUGCCCAGACAAAAAGCCUAACGGAUAGCAGACGGCGUGACAUGGUCAAGAUAUUAGUUGCACAUAUGACAAGUGAACAUGGGACAAGUCCUUCAAGACGUGUCAAAGAGAACUAUGCAAAGGGUAUCAUCACGUUGUUGCCAUACCUGGCUGAUCCUAGGAGCAGGUUGGGCUAUGAGCAUUUUUACAAUGCAGAAGAUGGGAGUGGGUAUCUGGCUUGGAGAUUGAAGUUUAUCCAAAAGGAAACUUCUAAUGGACAAAACAAGACUCCCAGAAUGUCAAAAACGCAAAUGGGGGGCCCAACAUCUGAUAGAGACUGUUUCAGAGAAGACAACUGCCUAAUGACAGACAGCUUGUGUUCUGAGGCUAUUGCAUUGAUGAAACAUACAGCUGAUGAAGGAAUUGUUAUGAUGAAGAUGAAGCAGACCUUCAACUAUCGCCAAAAGAUGAUUCAUGAUCCAGUGAAGUCAUCUGAUAUCUUUUUGGACUUCCCAAGAUUCCUGGAUAUAGGAGGAUUAAUUGAGCAAGAUUUUACUUUGAUGUUCGAUGAAGCCACCUCUGCGAAGUUCCUGGAGAAGUGGCCCACUAUCUACAAGCAGAAAGUCCUCAAACAAAGCCGUGGUCUCACGCAAUCAGAUGACCUUGUGCAAAAUGCAGAAUGCACAAUAGAAGUGGAAAAUGGAUGGGACAGUGAUAUGUCAUCCAUUUUGAUCCUUGUACACCUGUUACCACCAUCACCUCAUGGCCGCAAGAGACCAGGAAAGCUCUCAGCCAGACAAGCCUGUGAGCAUCUUGUCAAGUUCGUCAAGACGGGAACUAGCAUCCAGGGGCAUCUCGAUGGCAUCACGGAGAGCCUUCAACCAUACCUUCUUGCAGUGGGCACUCAGAGGAGUGUGAUUCACAAGUACUUCAUUGUGAUAGACAAACAUGCAAUACCUUGUAAGUCACCAGGCUCUCUUGCUUGUUUUGAUGAGCUUUUUAAAGCUCACUUUGUCUUUGGUACGUCAUAUGACCACGAUCUGGUCAAUAUGUACAACUUCCUGCAGACCACCAUUUACAAGAUAGAUGUUGAUACAACCAAAGUGAAUCCUAGGGUUGCAGAGUUGAGGGCUCUGAUGCUGCGUUGA